AUGGAGCAGACAGCAUACACAGCUGAAAACAAGCGAUCGCCCGAAGAGACCGAGGCUUGGAUUCUCGGGAGCGGGACUUCAUCCCUCGCGUCGGCGCUUUACCUUAUCAAGAAUGGUAAGGUUCCCGCGAACAAUGUGCAUAUAUUGGAUUCUCAUGGCUCGGUGGGACAAAUUCUCCAUCAAGUGGGAAAUCCUUCUAGCGGAUACGAUCAGUUUGCGGGUUGUUUGCCUGUUCCAAUCGGCGCUCCAUUGAAAGAGCUCCUUGAUUCUAUCCCAUCAGUUAGGGUCCGGGGGCGGAGCGUACUCGAUGAAAUACAGUCUGCAGAGGUAACCCGAAAGUCCGCAACCAAAAACUGCGGCACAUCCUUCCUAGUCCAAAAGGAUCAUACUUUUCAGAAUAUUCCCACGCAUUCGUUGAACUUGAGCAUUAAACAUCGACUGGCUCUAGUAAGACUUGUACUCAAGGGAGAACGACGUCUAGGGAGGGGCCAGAUAAAGGACUUUUUGCCGAGCAGCUUUUUCCAGAGCACCUUUUGGGCUAUCUGGUCUGCCCAUGCAAUUGAAUUAACGCGUGCUCUCCGAGAGUACCUAUGCGAAUUCCACAGCCUAGCCAUAUUGAGCUGCCUCGAUAUUACAGGGUACUACCAACAUGAGUCUAUAUAUCUUCCAAUCUACUUUUAUCUCCGGAGCCUUGAUGUGGACUUCCGCUUCGACAUUAAGGUCAGGGACAUCGAGACAACUCCCGAUAAUGACCAUCACACCGUUUCGCGCCUGCAUCUGAUUCAACACGGAUUCGAAAUGCACCAGGACAUCGGUCCGCAUGACAUUGUCAUCGCUACUCUAGGAUCUACCGUUUCAGGCUGCACGACUGGAACGCACAAAUAUCCGCCUGAUUUGCAAUCGAUCGAACCGGCCGAGCAGCUAGACGAGAACUGGUCCCUAUGGCUGGAGCUUAGAUCCAGACAUAGCAAAUUUGGCAAUCCGUAUAAUUUCUGUACCCAUCAGUCCCAGUCAAUACUGGAAUCCUUUACAAUCACUACCGAGGAUCUCGCCUUUUUCAAACACCUUAGUUCCCUGUCGCGUUUCUCGUCCGCUGCUGGAAUAUACGUCAUUUUACGAGAAAGCCGGUGGAGGCUUAAUUUAUGCAUUCCCACACAAGAAGUCUUUCGACACCAACCUCCCAAUGUGCGCAUUCUUUGGGGCUUCGCUCUCUUCCCUGAGAGUAAAGGGGACUACGUGAAGAAGUCAAUGCUCCACUGUUCAGGUGCAGAAAUUAUGUCUGAGCUCCUCCAUCAUGUCAACUUCCCGUCUGAGCUGCUUGCUCGACACACUGUGCUCGUCCCCCGUGUUAUGCCACGAAUGAGUUCCCUUUUAGUCGGUCGCUCCCCGGACGAUCGCCCCCAAGUUAUUCCGCAAAAUACCUCCAAUAUUGGACUAGUAGGGCAAUUUGUUGAGCUCCCGCAUUACACCAGUGUGGACGUGAGCUACGGUGUUCGUUCAGCGGAAAUGGCCGUCUCCCAGUUGAUGAAUCUUCAUAUGCCUUCGGUCGUAUCGAAGUCUUCAUUUUCGACGCUGCUAAAGAUUUUGCUGUGGAGCUGA